UAUUCUCUUCCGGGUAUGGCCCAUUUGACAAAGCGCGUGCGUGUGCAGUGCGCUCCUCGUCCUGCCACGGCUUCCUGGAGCACGGCGGUCACCAUCGCCUGGCCUCGCCGUCGCCGGCCACCACCACAGACAGUUCUGGGUCCUAGAUGGCAUCUUCUACUCUAAAACCAGGUGUGCCUGUUACUUUGCAAGAGCUAGAGCCAUCCUCAGAGAUGUUCAAGCAAGGGGCAUCCCUCCGAGUAACAGGAAUCCUCCAUUCAUAUGAUGUCGACUCUGCGGUUGCCGUUAUUCAAGAUGGCAGCGCGAAGCUCAAGGUCGACACUCAACACCUGAGAGACAUCAGUUUCCGCUGUAGUUCGACAUACCAGUUCAUCGGCGAACUCCUUAUCCAGCCAAACAGCGAUGUAGCAAUUCUACAAGCACGAGUGGGCAGGAAUGUUGACGGUCUCGACCUGAACCUUUACCAGCAGUCUUUGAUCAUCCGACGGCAACAUGAGGCCAAACUACUGAGCUCCAGGAGGGCAUGAUGAUCCAAAGCUGUGUAACCAGGCUGACCACCUUAGCUCAGUUCUUGAAGUGUGUAGCACAUGAGAGCAGGAUCACCUAACACGUGCUGCUGUGCUUCAGUUCGGUAGAUCAUUAGUGCAAACCUACAAAAUAGUAGUACUGUACUAGUAGUUGUUAACUGAAUCCCUGAGCACGGGUUAUUCCUCUAGACCACCUCAUUAUCAAGGCUUUUAAGCUCUGCAGCCUAUGAGCUCAUAUUAUUUGAGGGUCCACAUAUCAAUUUCAGAUUGUUCCGUGGGCUGGCAUUCUCUUGCAGCAGAGGUGAUCACAGAUCGAGUGACAUCCUAUUAUUGUGAACAGGUAGGAACCUGACAGUCUGUGUAUCGAGGAAAACUGCAUGGAUAGAUGGAUCCGAAUAUGCCAGGCCUACCUACCUUUUAACUUUUCAAUCUAUUUAGUUAUGCUGCUUCAAACUA